CUUUGCUUUUAAGUGGGAUAUUAGGUAUGUUGAUGAUGAUGAUGAAUGGUUCGUAGUUAAUAGUUACAAACUAUGAAGUACAAACAUGUGACUACUUACUUCGUUUUACUCGCUAUACAAGAGCUUAGGACAAGAAUUAAGAACUAAGCAUUCUUGCAUUAAAAAGACUAUUAUGAAGAUGUGUAAAAGUUAAUGACAUAUUAAGUAAGAAAAAAGUAAGGACAAAAGAGAUAUUCAUAGUUAUUUUUUGCCAAAACUAGUAAUAUAACAAGUAAUGAAAAAUGUAAACCACUUAAUGGAACUUAUAAUAUACUCUCUCUGUCCAGAUGGAAUUUAAAGCAAAGAGAAAAUGUUGGAUUUCUAAGAGAAAAAAAAGUAGAUAUUGAUAAUAAAUAAAGAGAGAAAAUAAAUUGUGUGAAUAAAAAUAAAUAUAAUUAAAAUGUACGAAUGAGAUUAGAAAAUGGUGAGCAAUUGUCCAAAAAUAAAAAUGAUCUAAAAUAAUUGGGACAAAUUAAAAUAACAAUUGAUAGUAACACAUAGUGAGCAUAAAUUAUGAUGUGAUGCGAUCAACAUUCUCGGAAAGUUGAUUUGUCCGUAUUUCAAGUUAGAACUCCCAGUUCUUAAUCAUCUCGUCUUUUUCAUUAGCAUCUUUCUGAUUCAAACACCCCAUUUGUAAUGCACUCCAUUUUACCCCAAAUUUCAGGCAUAUCCAAUCUUUCUAUCUCAAGUUCUGAUCUCUAAAGAAUCAAUAUCAACAUCAUUUUUCAAAUCACACAUUUUGGCGCCUUUACAAAGAUCAUCCCAAUUCCCAUCAGUCAUCAGCAAUUGAAAAAAUGAUGCAAUCUUCACUCUCUUCUCCUCAUAGAACUCCAAAUAUAAAGCUUUUUCCUAGAAUCACCAAAGAUUUUCUGUCAAUCCCUAAUACAAUCAAGACCAGCCAUUUUCUCUCCCGUCCCAAUACAAUCUUACAAUUAAGGUGCGAAUACGAUGGGUUUUCGACUCAAUUGAGAAGCCCCGUGUCAUUGAAUACUACCCAAAAACGUUUUCUUAGCAAUAAACAAAAGAAUGAGACAAAAAAUUGUACCCAUAUUCUUUGCAGCAAUUCAUCAAACAGUUUGAGUGCAGAGAACAAAUCGGUGAUCAGGGGGUUUGUAGAAGUUUUGGGCGAAGUGAUUUCAACUGCAUUUCCUUUAUGGGUUGCAUUGGGAUGCUUGAUUGGACUUUGGAAGCCGAAUUCUUUCAAUUGGGUCAGACCCCAGGUGUCAAUUUGGGGGCUGACAGUUAUUAUGUUGGGUAUGGGCAUGACACUUACUUUGGACGAUCUGAGUGGGGCUUUUUCUAUGCCUAAAGAAGUCAUUGCUGGUUUUGUUCUUCAGUACUCGGUAAUGCCAUUGUCCGGCUUCUUUAUCAGCAAGCUUUUAGGGUUGCCAUCCCAUUUUGCAGCAGGCCUAAUAUUGGUUGGAUGUUGUCCCGGUGGAACAGCAAGUAAUAUUGUUACAUAUAUUGCACGUGGAAAUGUUGCUCUUUCAGUACUAAUGACAGCAGCAAGCACAUUUUCAGCAGUGGUAAUGACUCCAUACCUCACCGCUAAACUUGCUGGGAAAUAUAUUGCAGUCGAUGCUACUGGACUUCUGAUGUCAACGCUCCAGGUUGUGUUGCUUCCUGUCCUAGCUGGAGCGUUUCUGAAUCAGUAUUUCCAGGGCCUGGUUAGAUUUGUGUCACCUUUGAUGCCCCCGAUUGCUGUAGGAACUGUGGCUGUUCUAUGUGGAAAUGCUAUUGCUCAGAGUUCUUCUGCAAUCUUGAUGUCUGGUCGUCAAGUAGUGCUAGCCUGUUGUCUACUUCAUGCAUCGGGAUUUUUCUUUGGUUAUGUGCUGGCAAGGUUGCUUAGAGUUGAUGUAUCUUCUGCUAGGACCAUAUCAAUAGAGGUCGGCAUGCAGAACUCAGUUCUUGGACUAGUGCUUGCAAAUCAGCAUUUCGGGAAUCCAUUGACUGUGGUUCCUUGUGCCGUUUCUAGUGUUUGUCACUCAAUUAUCGGCAGUGCUUUGGCCGGAAUCUGGAGAUGGUCUACACCGUCACCUAAGGAGAACCGGGAAUGAGGAUGUAAGAUGCGCAAGCAAGAUACAGUUACAUAAUGCUGGUCCUUGUAUUCAAGUACUUAACUUUUUUUCUAAAUUUAAUUGAGGUUAUACUUGAUUUUUCUAAUCUAACGUUGAAAUAAAAUAAGUAAAAAUAUGCUAGAGAAGUGCGUUAAUUUUAGUUGGAGUUAGUACCGCCUUUUCAAGCAAGUUUCUAAAAUCGAAUCUUAUCUAAUAUUUUCUCUCUCAACCUAACCUAUAAUCUAAGUAAAAUAUAAAAGCAUUCACUAUUCAUGCAUUUGAAGUUGCUUUGUAGAGUUGUAAAUUAUUGAAGGCUACACUCCAUCUGCUCUAAAGAAUUUGCAAAAUA